CCCCCCUCUCCCCAAAAUCGGCGUAACGGUGAAAACGGCCGUAUACUUCUUUCAGUCUCCAGACUCGCUCGCAUUCCACGCUGCUCUCUCUCUCUGAAUUGCUUUGUAGAGAGAGAGAGAGAGACGCUCUGCAGAAGAAGCUGGUUUGAUCCAUGAAAACGACCCAGAUAUUCAAUUCUCGUCUCCCAAGUUCCUUCAUGCAGAUCGUUGUUGUGGGGAUAAACAGGCAGCAUCACUGACAAAUGGAAGAAGGGCCGUGAUGGGUUUAUUUAUUGUGGUCUCAAUUCGAAGUGUUUGAUAGCGUUUUGUGGGUGAGGAAACAGAGGAGGGAGAAAUGGGGACGACCGACGACGGCGGCGCCGGAGACGAGAGGGGAAUCGUCGGCCAAGAGGAGAAGAUUUUGGUGUCGGUUAGGUUGAGGCCUCUGAACGAGAAGGAGAUUGCCAGGAACGAUGUGUGUGAUUGGGAAUGUGUCAAUGAGAGCACCAUCGUUUUCAAGAACCGCAGUCUUCCGGUGCUCGACCGGUCAAUGUACCCAACUGCCUAUACAUUUGACAGAGUAUUUGGUAGUGGCUGUGCCACGAAGCAGGUGUACGAGGAAGGAGCUAAAGAAGUUGCUCUUUCAGUGCUCAGGGGUAUUAACUCUACUCUUUUUGCAUAUGGACAAACAAGCAGCGGUAAAACAUAUACAAUGACUGGGAUUACUGAGUACACCAUAGCAGAUAUUUUUUAUUACAUAGAAAAGCGUAUGGAAAGAGAAUAUCAUUUGAAAUUAUCUGCCAUGGAGAUUUACAAUGAAUCUGUCAGGGACCUCCUCAGCAUGGAUAGUUCUCCACUUAGGCUUCUAGAUGAUCCAGAGAGAGGGACUGUAGUUGAGAAACUCAUAGAGGAACCUAUAAGGGACUGGAAUCAUGUAAUGGAGCUCCUUUCCAUCUGCGAGGCUCAGAGACAGAUUGGGGAGACAGCCCUGAAUGAAGCAAGCUCCAGAUCUCAUCAAAUUAUCAGAUUGACAAUUGAAAGUUCCCCUCGGGAGUUUUUAAGCAAGGACAGCUCAAGCACACUUGUAGCUUCUGUGAAUUUUGUUGAUCUUGCGGGGAGUGAGCGUGCAUCUCAGUCAUUAUCAGCUGGCACAAGGCUAAAGGAAGGUUGCCACAUAAACCGCAGUUUAUUGACCUUGGGGACUGUUAUCCGCAAGCUAAGCAAGGGAAGAAAUGGGCAUAUUCCUUUCAGAGAUUCUAAACUAACCCGCAUACUGCAAUCAUCGUUAGGAGGCAAUGCUAGAACUGCCAUCAUAUGUACCAUGAGCCCUGCAAGGAGUCUUGUUGAGCAAUCCAGAAAUACCCUUCUGUUUGCAAGUUGUGCCAAGGAAGUGACAACUAAUGCUCAAGUUAAUGUAAUCAUGUCAGAUAAGGCAUUAGUGAAGCAUCUGCAGAGAGAGUUGGCGAGGUUGGAGAGUGAACUGCGAAGUCCAGGAUCCACUUUUGCAAUGCAUUAUUCAGCAGUACUGCAAGAUAAGGAUCUUCAGAUUGAAAAGCUGGAGAAGGAGGUAAUGGAUCUGACGCAGCAACGAGAUUUUGCAAAAUCUCAGGUUCAGGAUUUGCUGCGAUUGGUUGGCGAGGAUGGAGAUUCAAUGGUGGGUUUGAAUGACUAUCCUCACUUGCGAAUUCGGAAAUCACCAGAAUAUGAAAAUACAAUAUCAGAAAGAUCCCUUUCAGCAGAUCCCCACUCUCUGGAUAUUGGUGUCAGGAUGUUUGAUAGAGCUACGUAUGCCUAUGUACAAAAUGCAGAUAGUCCUGAUGAUCACUAUGUACGGCUUUCUGAUUACGAAGAGAACUAUCAGCUGAAUGGUAAUUCUCCGCAUAUAUUGGUCAGCACUUCUCAGUUUAUUAGAAGUAAUUCUGAACAGAGUUGGAAUGGGAUUGAAGAGCAAACGGAUGGAAUGUCAGAGGACUUAUGCAAGGAAGUCAGAUGCAUUGAGACAGAAGAGUCAAGUACUGACCAUCUCUCAGAAUCCAAUGUAUCAUGUCCUGUAGAAAACGGAACAGAUAAGGAACUUGUGUCACUGCCAAUAAAAGAAGAUAAAGAGUUAAAUUUUAUUGUCCCUUUCAUUGCUCCCUCUCCUGAAAAACUUUCUCCAUGGCCAUCAGUAAAUUAUACAUGUAGCUCUGGAACCUUAAAGUUAACCAAAAGUAGAAGUUGUAAAGCUAGUCUCAUGACUAGCCCACGUUCACUUUGGUUUUCUGAGGUAGAGAAUAAUGAGAACACACCACCGAAUGGAUUUGAAAAGGACUUCACUGGAAGACCUGAAGGAAUCCAAAGAAAGCUUUCUGAACUGAAGUAUGAAGCUGAUACUGAAAGCAAGGAAGCAGGAAGCAUGAAUCGAGUAUGGAGCAAAAGUUCUCAAUCUUCUGUUGGUACUGCUGCUGCUCUUGAGCUUGAGGCACCGAAAGACAAGACCUCAUCUGAUGAGAACAUUAGUAGUGUUAAUGCGUGUGUCACACAGAUGGAGGAAGAGGUUGCGUUUCAGAAAGAGGAGCAAGUUGUCCAAUGUCCAGUGCAAACGGUUGAAGUGAAGUCUGAGGAAUCUUUUAAGAACGUGAAAGAUGUUGGCCUGGAUCCAAUAGAAGAUGAUUCAAACAGUCUUUCAGACUGGGCCUUGGAGUUCAAGAGGAUCCAAGGAGAAAUAAUUAAACUCUGGGACGACUGUAAUGUGUCAUUGGUGCACAGGACUUACUUUUUCCUCCUUUUCAAAGGUGACCCAUCUGACUCCAUUUACAUGGAAGUUGAGCUCCGAAGGUUAUCCUUCCUCAAGGACACAUUUUCUCGAGGAAAUAAAACUAUGGACCGCGGUCGAACUCUCUCUCCUGCUUCAAGCAUGAAGGCUCUUUGUCGUGAGAGGGAGAAGCUGGCCAAGCAAAUGCUAAAGCGACUCUCAGAACAAGAUCGAGAGAGCCUGUACCUUAAGUGGGGAAUCAAGAUCAACUCGAAGAAUAGGAGGUUGCAGCUGGCCUACUGCUUGUGGACCAACACCGAGGACAUGGACCACAUUGCCAAUAGCGCCUUCCUUGUAGCAAAGUUGGUUGGCAUAGUUGAGCCAGGGCAGGCUCCCAAAGAAAUGUUUGGCCUGAACUUUGCACCCCAGCCCCCGAAGGACCUGUUCUAUAGUUUGAAACAGAGUGUCGCAUCUCUUCUCUAAGUUUAAUUUUUGGUGAGGUGAGUCUCCGAUUUAGGAAAAAUUUAUCAGCUCUCGGAUUGCUACUACUACUGGCUACCUUUUGCUGCACAUAAGAGAUUUCUGUUUUUUUUUAGGCUUUGUAAAUUUGCCUAGCCCCGAAAUAAUGUACAUGUGCUGCCCUUUCUUUUUCCUAUCCCCUGCCUGUGUGCUUGCUGUGUAGGAGGCCAGGCCUUUCAGAACAAGAUGGUCAAAAGCUUGAAAGCAUUUUGGUUUGUUAUCAUUUCUGAAAAACAGCCUAAUCCUUUCCUUUCUUGCA